UCGAUCGUCGACCAGGUGGCGGCCGGAGCGACAAUACACGAUGAUAAUGGCGGCCAUACCACCAGUAACAGCAGCAAGAAGCCCCGGUGGCGGCGACGAUGAUGUCUCCAUCCGAAUGCCUGCUGCUGCUGCUGCGACGGCGGGUGGCGCGGUGCUGCUGCAGCCGACGAGGGAGGUGGACGGCGGUGCUCCCGCGAAAUCUAAGCCGCCGGAGAAUCACCUGAGCCGCUUCGUGCACUGUGUUGCGUUCGGCGAGUGGGCGGGCAACGCUUUCGGUGCUCUGGCCUUCGUGUGGGCGACGGGGGUCCUCCUUGGCGGCUUCUGCUCCUCCCUCAACCGCCAGGAUUUCUGGGUUGCCACCAUCAUGAUCUUCAUCGAAUCCUUCAGGAUUUUCAGCCACCGCUAUAAACUAGACGGCCAGUCUUUAUUCGGGAGCACAAGAGCACUGAGAUGGAGAAACUCCUAUUUCAUUCGCAUGUUGGGGCGACCACAGGAAGGGAAUGAAGUGGUGCUGGUCGUAUGUUUGUGGCUCAACCUCAUUGCCAUACUUUGUUUUGACAUCAUUCACAAGCUGGAGAUUGGCAUAAUACUUUGGGUAGUUCUUGCGAUGGCAGUAUUUGUUACAUGGAGCUGGCGUCCACGGCGGCCCAAACGGUGGCAAAAACAGGCUCUCGCAAUUGCCUACGUACUUGGUAUUUCUAGAGACAUUGUACGAGGACUGUUGCAUCUCAAAGCGCCACAAGUGCUAUCUUAUCUUGUUUACAUAUUACCAGACAUAAUAGUGGCUGUGCCAUUGUUGAUGCUCAACUUGAGGCCCCGGAGGAUUGCCAGCCUAACAAGUACUCCUUGCGGACGCAAAUUAAUAUCCUUGGCUAAACUUACUUCAGCUUUAUGCUUGGCUAUUUUUGGGCUGCUGAUCAUGCUUGCUGACACCGAGACCCACUUCUACAACACAAUUCUACCAAUCCUUGAAAAUCUCGUCCAACCGUUCACUCUACUGGUACUAUCACUUCGCAGCCUUCAGAAUCAUCAAGGUAGCCUGUUUGGUCGCUGCACUGACGCUAUCAUGCACAUAUCUCUCAUUUUCCAUUUCGUGGUAUUACUCUCAAUGAUCUUGGCCUAUGUUUCCGAGCCCGGUUUAUCCACACUUUCUUGUGCUGGCCUGUCAUUGGUGUUACUGUUAGUGUUGCUGCUGAGUGGCAACUUGCAGAUACCCGCAGCCGUCGUCCAAGUCGUGCUCUCAUCCCUGCGCUUAAAAGAUUUGCUAGUGGCUCACACUGAUUAUAACUCGCUGCCGAAAGGCAGUAGCAACAACAUGGUGGCAGCAAUAGCUGUCUUCUAUGUGCUGGCGCUGUGUCAAGGAUCACUAUACAUCAUGGCAAGCUUUCUUGGGCUUUUCUCCUGCUUUCCUCGCCGAUGGCUCAUGCGAAGGUCCAAAUUCGGUGGAAAGCUGGGAGCAAAGGCGAUUGAUCUCUACUACGACCGCGCGUACGCGACACGGAUGGAGAUGGGCCUGUUUGGUGCAGCAAGAGGCACCAUGACCUUGGCCCACUUCGCCAUCGAGUCCCUCAGCUCCAGCAGCUCUUCACGUGACCUACAGGUGGCUGGCCUCUGUGUUCUUCACAACAUGUUGCAGGAACGGAGCACCCAAGACCAGCUCAUUCUUAGAGUCACCAGCAGUUCCGGCAUAGCAGUGUCAUCCACCUUGAUCGACAUGCUUGCCUGGACUGCAGAAGUGGAGGAAGAAGGCUAUGCCAUCAGGCUGCUCGCCGCUAGGGUCACAGCCGAGCUUGCUAGCAGCCUCAGAAUUAGCAGCAUCCCAGGCAUGUUGAAGCCGGUGUCCUCACUCCUUAAGCUUGCCGAGAAUACUGAUGCUGUGGUGGUGGUGGUGCCUAAUGAAUUGCAAGGACCAGGUCAUCAUCAGCAAACCCCUCUUGCUAUUGCUAAUGGAGGGAGUAGUACUAGUAAUGGAAGGUGGCGCGCUUGGGUCUGCCGGUUUUGGCAGCGGAUGAAACAGGAGUACUGGUCCGUACCGGAGGAGCCAGCAGCCUUGUUGACUCAUCAACAUUCUUCGCUUCCGUUGCUGGGCAUGGUAAUUCUGGUGAAACUUGCUCGUGAUCUUGACAACUGUGGAGAAAUCUUCAAAGACGACACGGUAAACCUCAUAUCCAAGACCAUAGGGAUCAUAGGCUUGGCUACUAGUGACAACGAGCAGGAUGAUGCACUUGUUUGUUCAUCGCUGGAAUUCUUGAGGAGGCUUGCAACCACUGGCGAGAGAAUUGGUGCAGCACUUCGGCACGAGCUGUGGAACCAGCCUUUCUUGCUGACCUGCCUGGCACGUGUGUUGGAGGACGACCGCAGCCCUCAAGUAUGGGAACCAGCCAUGGAUAUCAUAGCCAAGCUGGCCUUGGACAGUGCAGCAGGGCUGGAGAUUGGGAGGAAUCAAGUGAUUACUGCAAGGUUACUGCAUGUAUUUCUAGGGCGACAUGGACCAACCAACAUGUACUAUGAUCAGUCGCUGCGGAAGGUCUCUGGGGAGGCGUUGGCAAACCUUGCACUCUGGGGCACUGGAAACUGCUCGACCAUCUUGGAGGAACCGGGAUAUCAGGUUGUCAAUGAUCUCACUAGCAUGCUCUCCGAUGACGACUACAGAUAUGUUGCAUCAAGUCUACUGCUGAAACUUUGUGCACACUCCAGCGUCAACCUGCUGCUGAGUCAUCCACACGCAAGUGAGCACCUGUCAUCGGCCUUGACCACUGUAAUGAAACAUAUAAUGGCUGCAGAGGGCAAACUACUGGAAUGCCUCAUAAACCUUGCUUCUGAAAUUGAUGGUGUCAUACGUGAAGCAUUUGCUCGUGAGCUGGAGUCACAAACCAACAGCGGGAUAGAACUUGUUCAGAAGCUACUCUGUACACUCAACUCCAAGAAGAUUCCCAAUCCUGGAUACCCAAGGAUGAGAAGGGUCAUAAUUAAGAUCCUCAUAUCGAUUCUAGAAUCAUGUCAUCGCACGGUGGAGAGGUUGAUGGAAGAAGGGAUGGUGGAACAUUUAAUUGAAUCACUAACCAAGAUACAGAGAUCUCCAUCUAGAGUGGAAGAGUACAAAGUGUUCUACGGCAACAUAGGAGUGGUACUAGAGGAUGGAGAACCCAUCUCAAUCCUCGUGGCCAGAGCAAAAGCGCUACUAGUUUGUCGUACAACUCAAACUACUGCGGAGCUCCGACAUCCGACAGGCGAUCAUUUAUGACUCCUCAUCCUUGGUCAAUCAGUGAUACAUUCAGGCUAUGGCCAUAUUGUAAUGGUUUAUGUGUUGUGUUGUGAGUUAGCCUUGUCGCCCGAUAAACCACAAUCUUAUUA